GUUCAGACAGUCGGGCACGUCGGUUGUUCGUCCGAUUUUCCGGAUUUUCCGCUGUUGUAGAUUUAGCCAGUACUAAUUUUCGUUCCCUGUUCCAUAGAAUAUCCUACGUUCUUGAGUUUUUCCUUGAUGUCAUCGAAAAAGUGCGAGGAAAAGCUGUAGUGAUUGUUGUGUGUUUGAUCUAUAUUUGUUUUCCAAAAUCAUACAAUGAAUGCAAACAGUUUGUAGGGAGUGGUUUGUAAUAAAAAUAAUCAUGUGGAAAUUCGUGUGAAUCUUCAGGAGAAGACUUGUGUGCACUCUGCAGGAUAAAAUUUCUAUCCUUACCUCACAAUUUGUCUGCUCCUGCUGGAGCUCUCGUUUACGGGGUUAGGGGUGCUCGUGUAUGUGUGGUAGUGUGUGUUUCUGCCCUUCGCUUGCAUCGGAUUUUUUUUUUUCUUGAGAUUCUGACAUAACAACAAAGAAUACCAAUAAAUUGGUUGAAGGAUUCCGGAGAAGGUGGGAAACAGGUUCCAUAUUCGCACUUUGGAUGCGAGAUCAAAUUGGUCACUGACUAAUGGUUCGUAAUAAAUACUCCCUGAAUAAUGCUGGCAAGUCGCCGAGUAAAAAGUCUCGGUCCAAUAGUAAGCAGCAUGACGCUAGUGACCACGAAGGUGGUGAAGGAAGUUCCGGAGCGACACUGCUAGAUGGCGGAGGUGGUGGACCGAACGGAGCCCCGCGAUGUGAUUCUGUUCAUAAGCAAAAUCUUUACAUUAUUUCGUUUCCAGUUAUUUUUGUGUUCAACGUUUUGCGUUCUCUGCUGUAUCAGUUGUUUAUAAUUUUUCGGUACAUUUAUAAUUUCACUACCAAAGUGGUUAACAAACCGGUGAGAAAAGAGUGCGGGCUUGAGAUUGUAAUCAACGAUCAGAACCAGCAACACAUCCAGAGUCGACAGCCCCUGGACCAACAACAUCAGCAGGAGCAGCAGCAGCAACAGUUACCGUACGAUAAUCAACAGCAAGCACAUCCUUUGCAGUAUUCCAGUAGUGGCGUCUUAGUGAACGUAGAAGGUCGCGAAAUGUCAGUGCAAAGAUCGGCCAGUGGAAGUCAGGUUGGUCCUGGCGACCCUCUACUAGCUAAGCAAAAGCAUCACCAUCGAAGAGCUUUUGAAUAUAUCUCUAAGGCAUUGAAGAUCGACGAGGAAAAUGAAGGUCAAAAGGAGCUUGCCAUCGAACUGUACAGGAAAGGCAUUUUAGAAUUGGAACGCGGAAUUGCAGUCGAAUGUUGGGGCGGACGAGGUGAAGUGUGGGAAAGAGCUCAACGAUUGCACGACAAAAUGCAAACAAAUCUGUCAAUGGCACGAGACAGGUUACAUUUCCUUGAAUGCAUGCUUGAAGCUAACAAAUUAGAAAUUACCGAAGCGCACAAACUUCAACGAUCCAACACUUUCACCCUAAGUGUCAACCAUCAUCCGACGGAUCAUAAGCACACUGCGACACCCGUUAUCAUAUCCAAGCCCGAAUCACAUCAUAAACGUACACAAUUUAAAGUUCCUUCUGCGAUCAGCAAGCCUCGGGCAGGACAGCAGGAGAAUCGAAUGGUUAUGCUCAACGAAAGUUCUACGUCCACCACGCCUGCAUAUCGGAAGAACGCUACAGCUGAGAUAGAAGCAUCCGGACGAAAAUUAACGGUUGGGUACAAACGUCCUGGCAAUCUGGGUGUGAUGAACAAGUCGCAAACACUACCCCGUAGCAUGGGCGGUACAAGAACUACCCCGACUGGUAGCAGUGGUGGCACCGUAGGAGGAGGAAAUGGAGUCGGAGGUGGAGCCACCGCAGGUGGUAUGCCGAAAAUUGUGCCAAAACCAGCAGCAACACCACCCGCCAUCCGGCGACAAUUUUCGAUUCCUGGAAGUUCACCUAUACGGAAACCAAGUAACGGUUACGGGAGGAGCGGUGGAGGUGGUAAGGAUACGCCUCCUCGUUCAAGAACACCUUCCAAUAAUCCAUCCAGCCAACAGCAGCAAAUUAAUGUAAAAGGUGUGGAACCGAAACUAGUUCAAAUAAUUAUGGAUGAAAUCGUAGAAGGUGGCGCUAGGGUAGAGUGGCAAGAUAUUGCUGGUCAAGAGGUGGCCAAGCAAGCUCUUCAGGAAAUGGUAAUCUUACCUUCUGUUCGACCGGAACUUUUUACCGGUCUACGAACUCCUGCCAAAGGGUUGCUACUGUUUGGUCCUCCUGGUAAUGGAAAAACUUUACUUGCAAGGGCAGUAGCAACAGAGUGUUCUGCAACCUUUUUCAGCAUAUCAGCCGCAACGCUAACUAGCAAAUAUGUAGGUGAUGGUGAAAAACUUGUCAGAGCGCUAUUUACAGUAGCAAGAGAAAUGCAACCGUCUAUAAUAUUUAUCGACGAAGUAGAUUCCCUGCUUUCUGAGCGUAGUAGUGGAGAACAUGAAGCCACUCGUCGGCUGAAGACCGAAUUUCUAGUCCAAUUUGAUGGCCUUCCGGCAAAUUCGGAAGUGGAUAAAAUUGUCGUGAUGGCAGCGACGAACCGACCACAAGAACUUGAUGAAGCUGCCUUACGACGGUUUCCCAAACGAGUGUACGUUACUCUUCCGGAUUUGAAUACCAGACAACUGUUGCUGCGAAGAUUGCUAGAAAAGCAAGGAAGUCCACUGGGUGAUGCAGAUUUGAAUCGCUUAGCAAUGUUGACUGAAGGCUACUCGGGAUCGGAUUUGACAUCGCUCGCGAAGGAUGCUGCACUGGAACCGAUCAGAGAGCUCAACGUAGAAGAAGUAAAGAACAUGGACCCAACGAAACUACGCAGCAUUCGGGAAAGUGAUUUCCAUAGCUCCUUAAAACGUAUUCGCCGCUCAGUAGCUCCGAGCAGCUUAGCAGCAUAUGAGAAGUGGUUGCAUGAUUUCGGCGAUGUGACUCUGUAAGCAGAAAGGGCUGGCUGGAACAGCCUGACAUCAUCGAAAAACCCUCUUCUAGUUGUACCUUUAGUUUUAACUAUAAUAAUACGAUAAUACCAGUUAUUUGCUGCAAAUAGACAGUACAAGGAGUUGAUACAAUUACUCAAGUGUGCUUUGGCAUCAGCGACAGUUGGAAAUAAUUUAAAUGUGAUUAAUUGUAGUAGGUAACACAAAUGACUAGUUUAUUUAUAUGUCGAUAAUACAAUUAAGCAGUGGCUACAUAACGAA